UUAUCAUCAUAAGUCAUACCACACUCCACAGUCACUCCACUUUUGACUCUACUUCUCACUAAUUAGCUUCAUCACGUGAUGGGCUCUUUAACUCUUGAAUCUCGAUUAUGGUUCAAUUAUUCAAAUUUCAUUGUGCUUUAAUUUGGAUGAACCAACUUUGUCAUAACAUUUAACUCUCAAAUCAAAUUUAUUGAAAAUGACUGAAACUCCCGGUCACACCAUGGUAGCGAAGAAGAAAGAUUGCAUGUUCAACACGAUCAAUGAAUGUGAAGUGGAAGACAUUACUCUUGAAUUUUUCUACAAGCCUCAUACUAUUACUCUUUUAAUAUUAUCUAUUGCUGCUGUUUUAGUAAUAUGUUUCAUUCGGGAUGAUAACUCUAUAGAUGAUAAUAUUUGGGCAGGUAUUUGGUGUGUGAUAUUUUUCUUGCUCAUCGUAUCAUUGUUGGCAUUUCCUAAUGGACCUUUUGUAAGACCACAUCCAGCAGUCUGGCGUAUGGUAUUUGGAUUAAGUGUACUUUACUCACUAACAUUACUUUUUUUACUGUUUCAAAAAUAUGAAACAAUCAAAGGAAUGAUAUUAUGGCUUGACCCAAAUUUAAAAGACUUUCGAAUUGAUAUGGACAAGGAAUAUGGCGUAAACUGUUCUGAUAUAAAUGUCGAGAAAUUUUGGGCACACUUGGAUGUUUUUGCUGGUGCUCAUUUUUUUGGAUGGGUUUGCAAAGCAAUCCUAGUUAGACACUAUGGAAUCUUAUGGUCAAUGAGUAUAAUGUGGGAAAUAACAGAAGUGACAUUCUCUCAUUUGUUACCUAAUUUUAAAGAAUGCUGGUGGGACGCCUGGGUAUUGGAUGUACUACUUUGCAAUGGCAUUGGCAUAUGGGUUGGCAUGAGAAUAUGUAAAAUGUUAGAAAUGAGAAAUUACAAUUGGCCUGGUAUUAAAGAAAUUGAUUCAACUGGUGGUAAAAUCAAACGAGCAGCACUGCAAUUCACACCAGCCAGUUGGACGCCUGUACGAUGGCUUGAUCCAAGUUCAUCUUAUAUGCGAAUUUUUGCAGUUUGUCAAAUGGUUAUAAUGUGGCAAGUUUCUGAACUGAAUACAUUUUUCUUAAAGCACUUAUUUGAAAUGCCACCUUCACAUCCCAUUGUCGGUUUCAGACUUCUGUUUUUAAGCAUUGUUGUUGCUCCAUCUACACGACAAUAUUAUACAUAUGUAACUGAUCCUAAUUGCAAAAGACUUGGGACACAAUGUUGGGUCUAUACAGUCAUAAUGAUAACUGAACUAUUAUUGUGUAUAAAAAAUGGAAAAGAGUUAUUUCAACAAACUGAAAUUAUAAACAUUUCUCUAUGGUUUGUGAUCAUGUUAUUUUUCUCCGUUAUAAGUGUAUUGGGUUUCUGGCAGGCAGAUUGGCUGACGGGAAAAAAAUUGGAUUCUGAAACAGUACAGACUGCAACUAUAGAUGAUAAUAAUUGCGAAGAUCAACAUAUAGCCACCAAGAGCAAAUCUGAUUAAAUAUAUACCAUGUAAAAAAUUGUUUGCCUACUAGAGUUACUUAGUGGAAGCCAAAUAGUGCACAAAUAUGUUUAAUAACAUAUUAAAAUACCUUUAACUAUAAAUUAUUUGACUAUCCUUUCUUGAAAAUAAUUAUUAAGGCAAUAUUUAUUUUUGGGACUUAGAAUUAUUAUUCCUUUAGAACUAGUGUACAUUAUUAUUAUACAGUAUACUGUUAUUAGUUAUUUAAUAAUGUAUAGAUAAAAGACUUUUAUUUAAACCUAGUCACCUUAAUGUAUUCAUUAUGAUUUAAAAUAAUAAUAUUCUCUUAAACAUGUUUCAGAGUUGGAUACAUUAUGAAUCUUUAUUGUGAUAUAAGUUAUAAAUGAUUAAAUAAUUAAAUUUGUUGUGUUGACCACACAAUUGAAACAAAUUACCAUUAAUUGUCAAUACCAAAAAUUAUUGUUUUAUUUCUUUAAUAUUUAAAACAUAAUUGUAUUGUUUACAUAAUGAUCUUAUAAGUAUAAUACAGGUACAUUAGUACCUCAAAACUGUGCGUAUCUCGCAUGUUCAAAUUAGGUUAUUAUUAAAUAUAAUAUAAUAUGUACUAUUCUGUAAAUUUAAAUCAUUAUUACGAAUACAUUAAACUAAACUACAAAAUUCAUUUAAA